GUCACUCCACACACAAAGGAGGAGAACGUAUGCUUUUUGAGAUGAUAUAUCCACAUACGCUGAGCGGGGAAACGUUCUAACAGCGCUGACGUAGGAGAGGAAGAGUGCAACCAAAGGACAAGAGAGGAGUACAACCAGACAGAGACAAGAAGAAGAAGAAGAAGAAGAUGGAAACCUACACUGUAACCGUGGCAACUGGUACAUCGGAGUAUUCCGGCACCAACAACUACAUAUAUGUGACCCUGAUAGGAGAGAGAGGGGAGAGUGAGCGCACCCUGCUGGACAAUCCAGGACUAGACUUCUGUCGAGGAGCAGUGGACCAGUACCAGGUGACCAGUCCAUCGUCUUUAGGCUCUGUGCUACUGGUCAGACUGGAAAAACAGAAGUACUGGGUGGAAGAUAACUGGUUCUGUCGCUAUGUCAUGGUAGAACCUCCUGGUGGAGGCAAAGUUUUGACCUUUCCUUGUUACCGUUGGCUUAUCGGAGAUACCAAGGUGGAGAUAAGAGAAGGAACGGCUAAGACACUAAAGGAUGACGUCACCCCUCAGCUGCUGACUCACAGAAAGACAGAGUUAGAGGACAGACAGAAGACGUACAGAUGGCUGACGUGGGCUCCAGGGAUUCCACGAUGUAUCGAUGCGAAAACAGAAGCUGAUUUACCACAGGAUGUUCGCUUUGACAACGAGAAGAGGAGCGACUUCGAACAUUCCUUACAUUAUGCGUUGAUGGAACUGUCUCUGAAGAAGCUGGCCAUCAAGUUUGGAAAGUCCUGGAAUGACCUGGAAGAUUUCAAACGGAUAUUUUGGAAGCUUCGGAGCUCCAUAGCUGAAUACUCUAUGGAACACUGGAAGGAGGACUGGUUCUUUGGCUAUCAGUGUCUGAAUGGAUCCAACCCACGGAUGAUCCAACAGUGCAAGAAGAUCCCAGAAAACCUGCCUGUGACAGCUGACAUGGUCCAGAGCUCCUUAGCCCCAACAACCGACCUGGACAAAGAACUGAAGGCAGGGAACAUCUAUCUGUUAGAUUACUCCAUCUUGGAUGGGGUUCCAGCCAACACUAUCAAUGGGAACCUGCAGUACAUAGCUGCACCCCUGUGCCUCCUGUACCAGCACCCAGACCAAGGACUCAUACCUAUAGCUAUACAGCUUGAACAGACUCCAGGUCUGGACACUCCCAUUUUCUUACCCAAAGACCCGCCCCUGGCUUGGCUAUUGGCCAAGGCAUGGGUCCGUCAUUCGGAGUUCCAGGUGUUUCAGCUGCUGUCGCACCUGCUCAGGACUCACCUGGUGGUUGAGGUGUUCAGUGUGGCUACUCUGAGACAGCUGCCUGCAGUGCAUCCCAUAUAUAAGCUCCUGGCUCCUCAUCUGCGCUACACUUUGGAGAUCAACUGCAGGGGUCGCACUCAGCUCAUCUCCAGUGACGGCAUCUUCAAACGGGUUGUGUCCACAGGUGGAGAAGGCCUGGUGAUUCUGGCUCAGAGGGAUUACAAGGUGCUCACGUACCGCUCUCUGCAGCCUCACUAUGAUUUCAUGGACAGAGGAGUCUCCCAUCUGCCCAAGUAUUUCUACAGGGAACAUGCACUGCUCCUGUGGGAGGCCAUACACAGUUUUGUCUCAGGCAUGGUGAGGCUGUACUACAAAUCCGACCAUGAUGUUCAGGAGGACCAGGAGCUCCAAGCCUGGAUCAGAGACAUAACAGAGGAAGGCUUCACAGAGCUGCCAGACUUUGGUCUACCCAGUGUCCUCUCUACCCGUGAGGCGCUCUCCACCCUACUGUCAGUCGCCAUCUUCUCUGCUACAGCCCAGCAUGCUGCUACUAACAACGGGCAGUUUGACUGGUGCGCCUGGGUCCCCAACACCCCCUGUACCAUGAGACAGCCGCCGCCUACAGAUAAGGAUGAUGUUACUAUGGAUCUGAUCAUGGCCACCUUACCUGAUGUCAGUCAGUCCUGUGUACAGAUGGCUAUCACAUGGCAUCUGGGCCGAGCACAGCCGGACGCUAUUCCUUUGGGCCAGUACACAGAGGACCACUUCACUGAGGCGGAGGCUCAGGAACUGAUAGACAAGUUCAAAGAGGAGCUGAAGGAGAUUGAGGAGCACAUCCUGACUCAGAAUGAAGGACUGGAGCUGCAGUACCUGUUCCUCCUGCCCAGCCGCAUCGAGAACAGUAUCACUAUAUAGAAAAAUGAGCACAUAUGGAGCUGUCUGCUUUCACUGGACAUUGGCCUGUGAAUUUCAGCUUUUUUAUUUAAAUAUGAACAGAGCAUGUUCUUGAUAUUUGCUUAAACCUUUAAUGUCCUGCUUUGCCGUUUAGUGGAGCUGAAAAGAUAUGAGCAUUCUGUUUGAUGGAAUUUUCAGUGACAGGUUUUUAUACAGUAGUCUUAUUAACCAGAAUUAUGUAACUGAAAUGAUAUGACAAUGAUAUAUCUGUCAAAUAAAUAAAUAAAAUACUCAAAAACUGCAAAAUUGUCACCUUUAUGCUAAAAGUAAUUCAGCAAAAAAAACCCAAAAAAAACAAACAAACCCACAUAUUUAUAGGACUUACAGGUUCCUUAUAGAACAUUUGUGAAUGCUCAUGUAUUUAACUGAAUUUGCUGUUGUCUUUGUUGUUAAAACAUGCUCAUUUCUAUGAAGAAUACGCUUGUUGGUUUUGUGCAAACAUUCUUAAAGGUUCCUUCUUUGUUCUUCAGUGAGUUCUUCUGCUCCUGUAGAGCUGCAUCAUCUAUAGACAAUAAUCAACUAUUGUCAAAAAAUAACCAGAAUCCUGUUCUAAGAAACGGGUUCAACCCCUUAAUGCCAACUGUUGCACAUUUGUGACAAACCAUUUCCAUUCCGGAAGCAGCUGAGACAGCGUAUGUAUUCCCUCAAUACAUGUUCAACACGUUCCUAGGAACCUUUGGCAAGCACUUGUUUCUCGUAGGAUUGUAGAUGAGGAAAGUUGUACUAAGAUAAAAACUAUUUACCAGCUUAUUGUGUUUUUCUACAGCUGAUAUAAUGAAGUAGACAAGUUGUGAUGAACAUUUCAGUUUGUAGCAAAUUAGCAAAAUUUGACCAUAAUAGUAACGGUGCUCACUGAACAAUGCUAUCUGUUAUUAAUGGUGAACAUUUGGAAGCUAUAUUUAGACUGUUCCUAUUUCAUUUUAUUUUAUUUUAUUUUUAAGAUUUGAUUGGUUAAAGAAAACUUAAAUAGCCCUGCUUGUCUUGCGGUUGUAAGACAAACAGAAGACAGCACAUAUCCUGUAUGAUAAUUAUAAUAAUACGAGUCAUAUAUACAUGAAGAUGAAAUUUUUCUACGAUAUUUAAUUUUUAUUUUGUAAGAAUAACCGGAAAUGUUAGUGUGAAGUUAUUAUAUCUGUUUUUACUUUACACGGCAAAUUGGGGGGGAAAAAAGUGCCCUCUGGUGGACAACUUGACAAAUUACAUUAUGGAUUUGGAUGGAAAGUGAGAAAAAAACAAACAAAAAAACCCAUUAAUUAUGGAUUAAAACUUUUCUCCAAGUUUUUUCUGAAUUGGAUCUACUUUGUAUAUGGAAGAAAAUAAAGUUGCAACUGUA